AUGUGGCUUUCUCCUCGGCUCCCUCUCGGCGUGGCAGGCGCGUGGUUCAGUGUGCUGCAUGCAGCAUGGGGGACGGGCGAGGCACCAUGGCGAGCAAGCGAACGGCUCGGCCAGGUGCGCAGCGCGGUAAGUCGGUGGCCCCCCGACGCCGCACUCGGCUUCCACCCCACACUUCGCCUCCGCAUCGAGCAACUGCGCCCUCCAUGUCCGGAGUCCUUCCGUGAGGGCAUCGUCUUUGACUUCCCCUGCCCAGCGUCAUUGAAGGUCGAAGGUCCGCGUGCUGUAGCCCAGUGGCCGCGUGGCCCCGCGCCCCGACGUCCCCAGCAGUCGCGUCCGGAUGGCCACGCUCGCGUGCCUCGCCCUGGCGGCUCCUUCUCGCCCGACGACAAUGGUCGUCUUCCCCGUGCGCCCGUGCUCACACCGGGGGCAAACUCGCCCUGGGACCACGAUCUGAGCAGGGAGCGGUGCAAAUCUAAGCCGAUUUUGGAUGCGGACUCUACAAGUGACGAAGAGCAAGCCUGCAGCGGAUGCAUCCGUAUCGGAAAGGAAGACUUCUCUGGGGUGCAGAGUUCUGAACAGAAAUGGAAGAGCAGGGCUGAGGGAGCUCUGGUCUACGGCCGGGUUCUCCACCCUCAUUGCCAUUCCGAGUGCUCGAGGUGGUGCAGCCGUAGGCUUGAACGCCAGCUUGAUGAGGUCAUAGACGGUGGGGUUGGCUCUCGGCUUGGCGUGGCGGCGAGCCUCAGCGGUGUAGGAUGCCAAGGCCAAGGUUGA